UGGAAAUAACGCAAGAGUCCACUACAAACGUUACAAAAAAAACAUCUCGAUCAUCAUCCUCCGACACAGUUUCUCAACACUCAAUGUCUCAUGGUGAAUAUGUACCUAAUUCAAAAAAAUCUAAUCGUGAAAAUACAGAUGAUUCUCAAGGUCCCAUAUUUCCCACAAAAUUCUGUAAAAUUUGUCAAGAACCAGAAUUAAUAGAAGAACAGGAAGACGGAACUAUAAUUUAUGAAAAAGGCAAAUUAAUUUCUCCAUGUAAAUGCAAAGGUUCACUACAAUAUGUUCAUCUCGAUUGUUUGAAUAAAUGGCGUACCACAAAUUUACGUCCAGAUGCAUCAUAUCAAUGUGAAGUUUGUAAAUAUAAUUAUAAAUUUUAUAGACCUAAAUUAGCAAGAUUUAUAGGAAGCAAGAUAUUUUUACAUAUAUUAUCUAUUACAUCUUUUCUGGCAAUUAUUUAUGGAGUAUCUUGGAUUGUAAAAGUGAUUGAUAUUAAUGUAAUAAAUAAAGAUAGGGCACCAAAUCCUCCGGGAUGGAAACACAUAGAAAUAAUAGGCGUGGAAGUAAUACACCUUAUAAUUGGAUUAAGUUUAGUCUCAUUUUUAGGUUUAAUUUUCUUGAUAAUAACUUCAUGCUUUGAGGGAGCUAGAACGACCAGGGAAACUUAUUGUUAUUGUGGCGGAUGUGAAUGUAUAUCAUGUUAUGGAUGUUUAUGGUUUGGAGAUUGUAGUGGCGGAGGAGAUCUUGGCGGAUUUGUUUUAUUAUUAGCCGUAAUAAUAGGAAUUCUCAUGUUUAUAGUUGGAAUGUUUGUAGCAUUGUGUACAGGUUAUUUAUUAACUCAAAAAGUUAGUAAUAUUUAUUUGGAUCGAAUUCAAGAAAAGAUUUUGGAAGUAGAAAAAGAUUAA